AACGCGAGGAAUCAAAAAACGAAACUACCGACGGAAAAUGGCGUAAUCGGCAAAGCCGUCGGUGUCGGUGUCAUAUGGAACUUGGAUCACUUGGCCGUGCCGCAUCAUGGAAUCAUCCCAUAGCGGAGUCUCGUUGAGUCCCCGUGGCAUGCAGGAACCGUGUAGCCCACCAGGAAUGCCGAUCACAGCCAAGAGUCCAACGAUGGAGGGAUCCAGCGUCAGUGCGCUGGAGGAGGGCACGCCCGAAUCGGGGCGUCGUUCGCACAGUCCGGACCACACGGAGACGACCACCGUCGGCUGUCAGGAUACGACUCCGCGACCGACGACAAUGCUCAACGGACGGAACAGUGAGCGGCCAUCCGGUGCAGGGGUCGCCGGAACGCUCAAGUUCUCGAUCGCCAACAUAAUGGGGCGUGAUGACCGAGAUGAUCAGCAGGCUGCCGAGAGGAGGCGCCACACCGAGGAGCAACAGCAGGAAAGGAAGGACGAAGAAGAGGAGGAAGAUGAUGAGGAUUUGGUGCUGGAUGUGGCCAGUCCGGAUGAUUCUUUCGAAGCGCCAUUCCGUGCGUUCAACCGAAAGCGCAGCCACCAUCACAGUCCGGACAAAUCGAUGAGCCCGUUAUCAGCGGCUGGCUCGAGUCCUUGUUACGAACUGCCACCAUCGGUGUCCGUGGCGGAAGCGUACGAUUCGGCCUUCAAGAAGUACGUCCCUAGCUCGAUGCAUCCUUUCGUUGGCAGUCAUCGGCAUCAGGAGUUGCUGAGCCAGUACCCGUUGCUGUACUAUCCGGGGCAGCUCAUGUGUGCCGCUGCCCAGUAUGCUGCUCUUACUCAGCAACACCAUCAGCAUCAUAUACGGCGGCUUGAAAGUCCAACACGAUCUCCUCCCCCUUCGGUGAUGACGAUUGGAGCAACACCUACGCAUGCACCGCACCCUCACGCGCACCUUAACGGACACCAUCAUCUGCACGCACAUCCGGCUCACGGACAUCAUCAGCUGUUGUCGGCGGCUGCGGCAGCAGCAGCAGCAGCGGCAGCCGCUGCAGCAGCCGCUACUGCUGAUCGCGCGAAACACUCAUCGCCCCCGGGAGGCGUUGCGAGUAAGCGUCAAUCAUCGCUGAAUCUAAACAUCUCCACCAGCAGUACCUGCUCCUCGAUGAGCUCCUCCAGUGGCAGUAGUUCCCGAGCGGCCCUUUCUCCCGGAGGAUCCGCCGAAGUUCAAUCUCCCCUUGGCAGUGGCUCUUCGUCAGCGGCGGCAGCAGCCGCAGCGGCCGCCCUAGCCGCAAAACAGAAAACCUUCGCUUGCCCCGAGUGUGGCAAGGUGUUUAACGCCCAUUACAAUCUCACACGUCAUAUGCCGGUGCACACGGGAGCUCGACCGUUUAUCUGUAAGAUCUGUGGCAAGGGAUUCCGGCAGGCGUCCACGCUGUGCCGUCACAAGAUCAUUCACACCUCGGAGAAGCCACACAAGUGCCAGACUUGUGGUAAGGCAUUCAAUCGCUCCUCGACACUGAACACGCACACACGGAUCCACGCUGGGUAUAAACCGUACAUCUGCGAGUACUGUGGUAAGGGGUUCCAUCAGAAGGGUAACUACAAGAACCACAAGCUGACGCACAGCGGUGAUAAGGCGUACAAGUGUAACAUCUGCAACAAGGCGUUUCACCAGAUCUACAACCUUACCUUCCACAUGCACACGCACAAUGACAAGAAGCCGUUUACGUGUAAGAUCUGCGCCAAGGGGUUUUGUAGGAACUUUGAUCUGAAGAAGCAUAUGCGCAAGCUGCACGACAUCAGUAUAAGCGGGAUGAGUCACAAACGAUCGCGGGCUAGUAGUGGCACUUCUAGGUCAUCCCUCGAGUCAAGGAUGGCAUCUCCAGCCUCACCUGCGGGAACACCCACGGGAGCAUCCGGAGCAUCCACGGCUCAUCAUCAUCACCAUCACCAUCAUCAUCAGUCGCCAUCGCAUCUGCAUCAUCCGGCACUUCAUCUGCACUCCGGGAACUCUCAAACGCCGGCAGUACCCGCAGUACAUCAUAACCAUCCCAGUGUUCAGUCGACUGACCUCCAGACUAGUCCGUCUCCAGUCGCGGGUCAUCCAUGGUCAAGCGCUUCGUCGCUAGCAGCUCUGCACCAUACGGCCGUGGCUGCGAUGCGCAAUGGAACUGCCGGCGAUUACGCAAGUCCCUUCCUGAUGCCACCGUCCGGACGGCACCAACGGCUAUCGGUGGCCGCUGCAGUCGCCGACAGUCCCUUCAUCGGGAAAGUGUUUUGACAGAAGUACUUAGCUUACCAACAACAGGAUGCCGGGUUCGCCGAGCGGGACGCCAGUGGGACCCUUGCUUCCGCUGUGUCACCAUAAA